CUUACAUACUAAUCUGUACUGACAACCAUUAUAAGCUAAUGAGUGGGCUAUCAAGGAGAAACCAUGAUGCAGAAUCAGAACUGGAGAAAAAACUGCAACAACGGAGAACCGUUGAUUAUUUCACACCUGUCGGGAAAUACAUGAUCACUAAGAACGUGUACAACCGUAGACGUCGACGUGCGCUUCCCAUUGGAUCAAUACGACCAGCAGCCUCAUAUGUCACUGACCUGCCACCAUCAUUGAUAUCUUCACCGUCGAUUGUGGAUUUGAGCAGCAAAUUUGUGCACAUUUCAACAAAUAAAUCCAAACACGCCAUCCAUGCAGUGAAAUGGACGCCCGAUGCAAGAAGAGUUCUCGUGUCGUCUUAUAGUGGGGAAUUCACGCUUUGGAAUGGGUUAACGUUUAAUUUUGAGUCUAUUAUGCAAGCUCAUGAUGUGCCCAUCUUUUCAUUGGAAUAUUCUCACAGUGGUAAAUGGCUGCUUAGUGGAGAUAUGUCAGGCUGUAUCAAGUUUUGGCAACCAAAUUUCAACAACGUCAACAUUCUCUCCAAGGCACACGAGAAUACAGUCGGCGAAUUAGCCUUCUCGCCAAAUGACUCGAAGUUCUUAAGUUGUUCAGAUGACCAGACGCUGAAGGUGUGGGAUUUUAGUACUGCCACCGAGGAGUGUACGCUGAAGGGUCAUCAUUGGGAUGUUAAGGGUUGCGAUUGGCAUUCGUCACUUGGUUUGGUCGUGUCUGGAUCAAAGGAUAAUUUAGUGAAGCUUUGGGAUCCUCGGGACGGAACGUGCAUUACGACUCUACAUGACUUCAAACACACGGUGAGUAAGACUGUUUUCCAAAAAGGUGGUAACGAGCGACUUUUGGCAGCAUGUUCAAGAGACCACUCUACACGAAUAUUUGACUUGCGUAUGUUGAGAGCGGUUAGUGUGAUUAAAAGUGACAAGGAGACGGAUUUGACUUCGCUUGCGUGGCAUCCAAUACACUCGACAAUGCUCUCCAUAGGAGGCUAUGACGGGUCGCUGUCACAUUAUGACGUUUCCAAGACGGCCGAUAUUGAGGCAUUCAGCAGAACUGCUCCAAAGUCCGAGCUUAACAGCGACAAGACAUCGGGGUCAGUAUCGAAAUCGGGUGGUGGCAAUGUGCCGGACUAUCUUUUGAAUACCUAUGUGAAUCGGGGUGCCCCGAUUGUCUCUGACGCAUGGCAUUCGAUCCCAUAUGCACACGAUAGAGCGAUAUACACGAUGGAAUACCAUCCGUUGGGCCACAUGCUAUGCACGGCAGGUGCAGAUAAGUCCAUGAGGUUCUGGUGCCGGGCACGGCCUGGCGACGAAGCUGGGUUUAACGAUGCUGCACAUUUGGGAGCCGCUGCAGCAAACGUUGCCAAGGUCGAUGAUGCGAGAGAGGUCAGCGGAACUGAGAGCAGGGCAGAUCUUGGCGACGCUACAGAAGGGUCUGUCCUUCCAGGGUUCAGUAUUCCGGGGUUCAGUUAGCGUUGAUAUUAUAGUGUACAAAUGAGAUAGAGAAGAAAAAGAAAAGCCUUUCUUUAGAUACUUAUAUAUAUUUAAUACCUAAUGUAUAGUUGUGAAAAUUAGAAGAGAAGAUAUGAUUUG